CAUGUAAACUAUGACAUUUAGACAUUUAGUGCUCACGAUUGAGUUUUAUCACUAGCGAUUGUUGUAUUUGGCACAGAUGGCUUCCCAUACUAAGCAAGCUAAAACAAAAUUAUCGUCAAGGUCAACAUUCGGUCUUGUUGGUGGUGAUGUUAUUGAUUCUUAUGAGGAAGAUGAUUCUCUAGAUUUCAAUCAUAGUAGUACUGAUUUCUGUCAUUUGCCUGCUGAGAUUAUGGAGAAUAUUUUCUGUCAGUUACCUAUGGUGGAUUUGAUGUUGAAUUGUGCCUUGGUGUGCCACCAGUGGUAUAACGUAAUAUCACAGGAUUCUGUAAGUAGAUGUGCUGUAAACAUAAGUUUUUGCUUGUUUUUAAAUAGAGAACAGCUUGUGAAUAUGGAAGCGAUCUUAGCAGUUAUAAACACUACUUAAGCAGUAGUGAAAGUAAGGCCUGAAAAAAUUCAGGCCUAUACGGGAUUUGAACCCAUGGCCUUUGCGAUACCGGUGCAGCGCUCUACCAACUGAGCUAACAAGCCAACUGGGAGCUGGUCAUUAUGUUGGUUCCAAAUAAACCCGUCAGGAAGUGGUGAAUAAACGACUGUGAAUAUACGAAAGUCAUAUUCCGUACAGGCCUGAACUUUUUUUCAGGUCUUAUUUUCACUACUGCUUAAGUAGUGUUCAUAACUACGAAGAUCGCUUUCAUAUUCACGUCUUUAUCCACAGUUCAAAUAUAUGACUUUCAUAUAUUCACAGUAGAGAACAGCUGGUCUCAAAGUUUUUUAUUACAGAGUAAGUGGAUUUCUAACUUUGUAAUUGUUGAUUGUAAUCGAAGAUGACAUUGUCUGUGCAGACCUCAGAGAGGAGAGAAAUAUACCGGUAGUUUAACCCUUUGAUUCCCAGAAGUGAUUAAUAUGUAACUUUUACCUAAAACAUACAUACAUUACCCAACAAACAAAUUAAUCAGGCAGAAGAUGUCAUCUUGCUCCAACAGGAAAUACUCACAACUAAUUAACAAGGUAAUGUGUAGUAACAAGAGGGGAGAAUUAACAAUCAAAUCUUGGGAGUUUAAGGGUUAAUAACUCUUUUUUUGCCCUUAAACAUCUCACUCUCUAUCUUGUAACUUAGGGUAGUGACUGUGGUCUCCAUGAAACUGAUUUUGUUUUUCUUGUUUUAUGCAUUUUAAUUGUGCUUUUACACAUGCUAAUUUGUAUUUUAGUUUAUUCCUUGGAAGAAGAAAUAUUUUCUUCUAAAGAAUAAGGACAUUUCAUCAGGAGAUGUCAUGAUUGAACUACUGGAGAGAAAAGGACUUUUAGAGGUGGAUAUGUUUCCAUUGAAUCUAGCAAGGUAUUUGUAAUAAUUUUCUGUUUUAAAAGUUUUAAUGUAAUGUUUAAAAAAUGAGCAGCAGCAUUUUAUUGGGUUUAAAAACACUAGUGCUGCAAUUUUUUUUAAUAGCUUUAAAAACCCAUGCCUCUCUUGAGAUUUAGACAAAGGUGACAUGAAUGGAUUAAAGGUUAAUUAUAUUCAGAUAGGAAAAGUGCUCCAUGUUUGGCUGCAGUCAAAGAGUCAGAGUGCUUUUAUUUGAAAUGCUGCUCAAGUGCAUGUUUAGAGAACUAAAAAGUGCAGAGGAGGGGAAGGAUUACUUGGAAACAGACAACGAUAGAUGGGACAUUUCUUCUCUAAGAGAAGUAAUGUUUCACCAUAAAUUGGAUGCUAUCUGCAGUUAGUUAUUCUUCUUUGGAUUAUUUUCAUUAACAGUCAACAUGUAGAAACUUUUUGUAAAGCUUUGUCACAGUUGUAAUUUUGCAGUAAAAAAUCAGUUACAAACUGAUUGAAAUGUUCAAGCAAGCCAUUAAAUGAAAUUGAUUUGAUGGAAAAGAAUGUGGCUUGUUAGACAGCAUGCUAGAGUAUGAUCUUGAAAGAGUUAUUGAUCGAACAUGAUUUAUUUCACUUGAAGUCCUAUCAUGAGGACAACUGAGUGUUGUAUUGUUUAGUCACUAAGAAGUUGUUGACAUUUUUAAGGAUGAACUAAAUGCAAAUCACCCCAUCAAGCUUAGCAUAAUGAUCAUAUGCUGGCUUUCUAAGUAUUUGGCCUUGGGUGCAGAAAAAAAUGUAAUGUAACAGAUUUUUUAUUGAAAAAUUACAAUUGUGACAAAGCUUCACAAACUUCACAAAGCCUCUACACAUUGAGUGCUGAUGAAAAUAAUACAGCCUCAAAGAAGAAUAAUUUACAACAGAUAGCAUCCAAUUUAUAGUGAAACAUAAGUGCUCUUAAAUCAGAAAUGUCCCAUCUAUUGUGGUCUGUUUUAUUUGUUGUUGACAGAAAUAAAACAGGCAAACCUUAAUUUAGAAAUGACAUAUACUCAUCAUAUCAUUGGUUUGUAGAGGAGCUUAGUUCCUGCAGAGCAAGGUUCGUAUUACAAACCAAAUCUGAUUUGUUGAUACAGUAACUUAUUUCCCAAAGAAGUCAUCAAAAAUAUAUUUGAGAUCUGAUUGGUUCAUUCAGGAACUAAGAUACCUAAAAUGUCAAGUACAUUUUAAAAUGGGGAAGUAUUUUAAACAGGGAUGUGUUGUAUAUUGUAUUAUACUGUAUUGUGUAGAUGGCAACCAUACAUGUACAUGUAUAAUAACGUAUGAUGAGAGUGGUGUGUGGGAUGCAGUUGGGGUAAGUGGGGGAAGAGGUGGUGAGUGGAGCCAGCAUUUUCAUCAGAGUUUAAUGAUUAUCUGUUAAUUUAUCAAUUCUAAACAUGAUGACCUUUUUAAUGGCCUCCACCAAAGCACUGUCACAUUAAUGAUCACAGGAAAAAGACAGACAGCUUUGAAAUACUCACCACAGGGUGGGCAGAGCAUGAGAGUUGGAACUUUGCAAUAUGAAGCAAAUAAAACAGAAUGACAUCACCCCAACAGGAGAGGUGUAGAUUCUUAAAGCUUGACACCUGCAAGGUUGAGUGACCACCUGUCACCAAACUUUGUCUUAGGUUCUACUUGGUCUAACUUGCAUUUGGCUAUUUUAAAUUUUUCUUUUUUUAUGGUUUUGUAGUUUUAUGAAAGAUUUUAAAAGAAAAGCAAGUUCAUCUUCAAUUGAAAAGUUAAAGACACAUCCCAAGUUCCCUUUGAUAGAGACAUUCUUGGAAACUCUUACCAGCAGCUCAAGAGAGGUACAACAUAUCAUGAUUUUUGCAAAGUGCUUAAUUAAUAUUUACUUGGUGCUAGUUUGCUUCACUUUCUCUUUUCGAGAGGGGUGUACAAGUGUUGGAGUAUGGAAUAGUAGAGGAUGAAUGGCUUAUCAAGUUCAAGAGCUGUGUCACAUAUACUGACCAACAUUUACUUUAAUCGUGUGGAAAUAUUGACAAGAUCAAAAGUCUAAUUUGUAAUCUUCACAAAAUCAACAAAAAUUUCAAGGAUUCCAAAACUGUAAUUCUCAACCUUAUGAUGAUUAUCAAGGUAAUUCUAAUUCUCUUGAUUUGCUAAAGAAACAACUGUGUACUCAGUGUUCUACUUGUUAGGCAGUAACAGGUAAAAUUUACCAUCUUUUGUACCUCUUAUACUUCCUAAAAUUGCUUGGAAGUUAAAAGUUCAUCAGUUAAAGGCAUUGCUCUACCAGUUUGAAAAUUUAUUUUACCUGUCAUCUUCAGAAUAAUUAUGGGAGAACACUUUGUAAAAAUGAUGUGUGACAGUAUUUGCUAACCCUUUAACCCCUUAGAGUGAUUAGUAACUAACUUCUCUCCCCUAUCAUUAUUACCCCUAAAACAAACAUUGAGGUCAUGAGAAUAAUGAAAAUGAUCACCUACAUAAGAGGCUCUUGAUUGUUAAACAAAUUCUCUUUGUCAGUACCAUAGGAAAUGUAUGAAGAACAGUGUGGAGAAAAUGGAUACUGAUGUUAGGGUGUACAGGGUUAAUGAUGUGUAUUGACCCAAUUUAAGCAUACACUGUCUCUGUUCAAGGUUCCUAGUCCUUGGUCUGUUGUAGCACUUCUGACACUGGUAUGCCAAACAGUUUAUGAAGUACAAGAAAUAGUCCAUUGUUUGACAAGGUCCACAUCCUGUCUGGUACAUGACAUUCUGGAAUGUCUUUACUGUUUGGCAUCAAUCUUUUACUACCUGGAGUCACAAAACAGAAUUGGAAGUGGGUAUGUCUGAUGAUAGAAUGAGUUGCUUCAGAUUUGAUUCUGAGAUUCACUGCUACAAUAUUAAAACACCUAAUUGUAUGUGCCCAAUGAUAAGUACACUGUAAGAAGCAAUUAAUUUUUGUACGUCAAAUAAAUCUUAAGGUGAAAUCAUGAAAUCCAUUGAUAUUCUAUACCACAGAAAUUUCAGUAACUUUUUCCAUAGGGUACUGCCAAUGGUAUAAAAGGUGGCUGUACAGUAAGGCAAAAGCAAAUCACAAGAGCUUAAACAGACAGCAGUGAGAGGUCUCACAGGCAUUGAAAUCACUGCAAUGCCAAUAUAGCAAGAUUAACCUGUCUUAUUAUAAAUUAAAGUGAUGUUUGAGGUAUUCUUGCCACCUUUCAUCCCACAUUUUAUUUUUUCUCCAAUCAGUCUUCACUACAGGGUGUUCUAUACACUGUAUUUGUAUGAGAAUGCAUUCCGAGCCACAUGUGCAUCUCUUGGUUCUGUGUCUGGUCAGAAUUCUACUGAACAGCAGUCAGUGAUGCAGAACAGGUAACAUGGGGACCAAGUUUGGAAAUUUUAUCCCUAGAACUUUCAGAUUGACUUACUCUAUCUCAGCUAUUAGCUCAUAUACUGCUUUUUGCUUAAGAUAGGAAAUUACCCCACUAGGUAUUACAAAGCUGUUUUCCUUUUUCGCUGAUGGAAAAUGCCUGAUCAGUUAAGCAGAAAAGAUAUAAAACAAGUGGAUGUACUUGUCUAUACCACACUUGAAAAUCCUGGUGAACAUGGCAUGCAAAAUUUACUGAAGAUUUUUUACAGAAGAAUUUUCAGUCUCAGCAUGGAGUGCAAUCUGUCAGCUGCCACCCUUUGCGAAUGUGAAAGAAAUCUGAGGAAUAAUCUCUUUCCCCAUAGGUCAAUCUCUGACAAGUUGCAACUUACCCAAGAACAAGUUCGCAUUAUCAAACAUGAUGUCAAAGUGGGGGAGAUCACAAAAAUUGUAGCUUUUGCUGGUAAGAUGUUUUUUUUUAGAUAAUUAUAUACCUGGCUCUGCAAUAGGUUAACUAGAAGUGAGUUUUCUGACUGGCAAUCAUAACAAGCAAGCUUGGUCUGUCUUGCCUGACAAUUGUUUGCAAUUGUAUAAAUUGUAUAUAUACUGUACAGACAAAAGGAUAUUUAUUUAGGAUAUCAGAUAAUUCUCUGUCUACACGUCUUCAAAGAAUUAUCUGAAUGAAAUUCUUGAACUUUCUUUCUUCAUAUGUACAGAUUAUGUAAUGAAACGUAUACUUAACUGACCUCUUCCCAAAUGGGGAUUUUCACCUGAAAAACACAAACAAAUUGGAAAAAAAAAUUUUGAAAAAAUUGAUUUCCGGUUGAUUUUUUGCGAUAAGUGAAAUGAUUGAACAAUAGGAUCAACUGGUUAAAAUGGAGGACCAGACCAGUUGGCUUAAGUUAUUUUAUAAAAUAAAACGUGCAGCUAAGGAAUUGAUAUUUGGGCAAAAUCCCAAGAACAGAUUCAGUGAGAAGGAAUUGGGGGCAAGCAAGAACAGAUUCAGUGAGAAGUAGGGCAGAGGGCUUGAACCCAUGACCACUGAUUCCAGCACAUUUGCCUUAAACUUUAGGCCACACUGCUUCAAGCUCAAUUUAGCCCUUUUAUUUCUCACUACAUUGCUCAUUGCUGCUUCAUUUCUCAAUGAAACCCAGAUUUAAUUUUUGUUUUCAAGGAACUGGUAAGACUACAACUCUUGUUGAGUACACCAAGAUGAGGCCUAAGGAACGAUUCCUUAAUGUGGCGUACAACAAGUAGGUGAACAUACUACAUGGUGUAAACUUUCCCAGGAAUCUCUUGAGCUGUAAAAGUGAAAGAGAAAAUGACUUUGAAUAGUGAAUGAGCACUCUGGAAACAGAGCUAAUUGAAAAUUUGAAAGUGCGUUUGCUUUGUUUGCACUUGCAGGCGUCUUAUUAGAGCGAGUGAACGUUAUAAGCUCGCGAUCGUUUAUCCGACCGGCCAUAUUUGAUUUGGAGUUAGAGUGGACGGUAGGGGUAGGGGACUGGGGAGGGCUAGAAAACGUUUUGAUUCUAGUAGUGUUCCAUAAGCUGCCGUCAACAAAGACACUUUUACCAAGUGAAGUACUUGUGAACAGUUCAGCUUAUCAUAUUUUUGUUUUUGUUUGCCUGUUUGUCUUUAAGGUCAAUUCAGGAACAUGCUGCUAACAUGUUCCCCAGCAAUGUUGAGAACCGUACAAUCCACUCGCUCGCCUACAGAGAAGUGGGAGUUAGGUUAGAAGAACAGCAUUCUUGAUUUUAAUGCACUGCAAUUACGCAUGCGAUGAGAUGCUCUAGAAAACUAGCAAAUCAUCUUGCCGAUGUGAUGCCUAGCUAGAUCCCUUGUGAAGCCUACACAUGUGGGUAUAGUGUGUAUUAUAGUAGACUAGACGAACUUGCUUAGAAAAUAUCUGGAGGGAGAAAAAGAGAACUGCCAAGUGCAAAGAUGGCCUGAUCUAAUCUCUUCAUACCAACACUAGAGUACAAAAUUCGUAUCCGCGCGUAGCCAUACAAUAUCCUUUAAAGAAUUAAUUCAUUUAUUUAGAUACAAACACAAGCUUACUUGUGGCUUACGGAUCGGUACUAUCAUGGAUGCCCUUCCCUUGAAUUGCGGAUAUCUUCAUGCCCGACGCGUUGAAGAAACUCUUAAUAACUUCAUAGCAUCUGCGGACACCACUGUGAACCCCAAGCAUGUACCAGCAGCCAAAAGAGCCUUAGUGGAUGUUUCUUUCUCAGAAGAAAGCGAGGUUCUGACAUCUAUCUUUGGUGAAUAUGGCUCAGAUACAAGUUAUUUGAACAGCGACCAGCACAUUCAGGUAGGGUGAUGUGAUUGAGAAGAUGUACAGGUAGACUUAUUUUAAACUUAAGUGACAGAUACUUCGAGCAGUCAUUUAGUGACAAACAGUCGCAGUGGUUUCAAAAACAGAAGCAAAGAAAUACACUGAAGUUAGCAAUGACAAGACUACUAUGAGCGACAUCCGGCGAGGGGAUAAUACGAACCUACGUGACAGUUAAGAUACAUGAAAGAAACAACAAACGAAAUUUGAAUGAAAACAAUCUGCUUCGUAGCUUUUGGCGCGAACAAUAUAUUUGGAUGGAAACGGGAGGUGUCAGGUGCCAGCGCUUUGGUAGGUUUACAACUGAAUAUAGAUGGAAUCACAGGGCAUUGAGUCUAACAUUGUUGCGUUUGACUGGUUUUGUUGUAACUUAAUCCCUAGCAGCGUGCAGCAGCGUGCAGCACCCUUCUUACGCAUGAACAUAGUAUACGGCCGCGCCAACGCCUCAUAGUUCAGUUAUUAUGGCAUUCGACCAUUGCAUUCUGUGCAGCAUUAUUAAUCCUAUUUUGUAUUUUGUGGUAACUUAAACGGGAGAUGGUAAAGAACUUGUCAAAAAAUGUCGUCACAGAUAAAAAAAUGUCAUUUCUUGAGAUCAGACGAGUUUACGUUAAGUUUUUCAUGGCGAAAGGGUUCAUGUGUCCAGAAAGUGCGACACCUAAAAACCAAUUUGUAGCAUCUGUAUGGGAUGAAAUUCGAAAUUUAUUCUACUACGCUGUUUUUUUUUCUUUGCCACUUAAGGACACCCGUGGGUAAGAUAUGGUUGACAUGGUUGUCUGAAUUUCAUUUUAACUGUAGAAAGUUGUCUCACAUGCGCAUGGCUUAUGGGAAAGAAUGAGAGAUCGAGGAGAUGGAGAAUUUCCAAUCACUCAUGAUGGUAAGUGUGUAAUCUUUUUUAUAUCUCUACGUUAGAAUACAGAACGCACCCGUACAGUAAGUGGGUACCAGAUCCCUAGCCUAGGCCUCUCGACCCGGAGUCCAGCACGCAAACCGUGGGGCCACCUUGAAAUACAGAUUUACAUUGUCUCAUAACUUUUUUUCCAGGUUAUCUUAAGAUUUAUCAACUCAACAGGCCAGUUCUUGAUGGAUAUGACUGUCUCUUGGUCGAUGAAGCUCAAGACUGUACUCCUGGUGAGAAAAACGUUUUGCAUUGUAUAAGAAACCAUUGUACCCAAUCAUCCUUGACGAUAAUUUUUAAUUUUAAACAAUAAUGCAAUAUUUUAUUGAAUUGCUUCACUGCUCACCAAAAUUAGUCUCGAAAACUUGAACCAUAAUAUUAUCAGUCUUAGUUAUUUAAAUUCGUCUUGAGAAUAUGAAUUGGAUGCAUGCUAACACGUGUCGCGUGUUGUUGUAGCUGCGUCCGAUAUUCUUCUCAGUCAGUCUUGUGCCAAGAUUUUAGUGGGAGACCCUCAUCAGCAGAUCUAUGCUUUUCGCGGAGCAAGAAACGCUCUUCAGGAGGUGAAAGGCACCCACACUUUUUACCUCACUCAGGUUAGUUGGUGACUCUGGCAAUAACUGUAACGAUAGUAGUAGAGAUAAUGAUAAUAUUUAUAUUACCUCUGAUAAUAAUAAUAAUAAUAAUAAUAAUAAUAAUAAUGAUAAUGAUAAGAUGAUAAUGCUUUGAUGAACCACACGAUGCUUUUGAAGUUCAUUUUUUUAUAUAUAUUUUUUAAUGAAAACAAAACAUGUUUCGGAUGAAGCGUCAUCCAUCGUCAGUUGUGUAAUGAGAAAUAAAUAAUAAUAAUAAUAAUAAAAUAUUUAUAUAGCGCUCAACCAAAUAUUUGUCUAUGGCGCUCUACAUUAAAUAAGAUAUUUAAAAAGCUAAAAGUUCUACAACAUUAUAAAAAAAAAAGCAUCACGUAAGUUACAUCAAUAAGUUCAAAAUCAUCUAAAAAUUAAAAGAAUUAAAAAGCUUCUUUAAAAAGAUGUUUUUUAAAUGUCGUUUAAAAAUGUCUAUCGAACUACUGGAUCUUAGUUCAAGUGGGAUCGAGUUCCAUAGUCUCGGUGCCGCCGCAGCAAACGCUCUCUCUCCAUAUGUUUUCAGUCUAGCUUUCGAGGUCGGAAAAAAAAAAAGGAAAUUGCAAGAUGAUAAUUAUAAUAACAGUAAUUAAAAUUACUGGAAAUAAUAAAAGAAAUUAAGAAAGGCAGGAGGGAAAAGAUAGAACGAAAGAAAGAAGGAAAUCAGGAAGGAAAGAAAGAAAGAAAGACAACAGUGCUGUUUUUACAAGGUACCACAUAUAACUACAUGGAAUACAAAAGAAGGAAAAAAAAAAGACACAAGAAAUUAGUGGACGAAAUCAUCGAAUAGAUGAAUAAGAAUGAAUAGAUCAUUGAACAAAUGACACAUAACCUUUAGAUUCCUUAACAAAAACAACAACAAAAUUACAGCAGCAAUGGACACUGAACGGAAGUGGGGCGGAGAUAUUUCCGCUCGGUUGUAGUAGCUGUUGUUGUUGUUGUCACAACAUGAUAGUGAUACACUAUAGAAGCAUGAAAUUCGCUUCAACGUACUUUUAUAUCUCCCUUACUGUAACAGAGAGUGUGAAAUCUUCUCACACUUGAAUUCUGUUGGUUUACAGUCAUUCAGAUUUGGUCCGGAGAUAGCUUAUGUUGCGUCUUGUGUUCUGGACGUGUUGAAAGGUGUGCGAAACAAGACUUUGGUUGGAGGAGCUAAGAAAGGUAAAUACAACACCUUUAUACAAGAAAUCAUUAAAAUUGCAAGGGUUAUUUGUAUGAUCGAUACUCCCUCUGAACCCAAGAGGCAAGUUGUGCUCGCUCGCAUGUUUAUCUUGUUCCCUCUAAUAUCAAUCAUCAAUUUCAAUCUCGGACGUAUCAUUAAAUUAAUUGGUGUCGCUUUACUACCUUCUUUCAUUGGUCUCGGAAACUUCCGCCACCUUCUCAAUCGGUCAGAUGCAAAACCAAAACCAGUUUUGACAUGGUUCCUUUCAUUCUCCAACGCUCGAGGCAGUUUACUUGUUUUUGCUGUGUUUCCCACUGGCCCCUUAUGAUAUUUUACUUUAUACUGUUUGUCCAUUGCAAUUGAUCUGGUUUUGAUUUUACGACACUCAGUUGAAAAGCGUCCGGCGUAAGUAAGUUGGUAGACAAGGCUGCGUUAGUGGCCUUUGAAAAACCUGUAAUUUUUUAUGACUUAGAGUUUUUAUCGGCACAAUGGAUAUUUAUGUUAUUUAUUAUUCAUUUUGUAGGCUCAGUGCUUGGUGAACAAUCUGGUCAGCUGUGCGUGAUCACACGCUGUAAUUUUACUCUGUUCAACGAGGCUGCUAAUGUGUGCUGUGCGAACAACGACAAAAAAGUUGGUUUUGUUGGGGUGAGGCGUGAAUGAUAUUUCUGUUUUUGUUUUCACAAGUUCGUGUAUUAUCGGACCCGUGCGGCUCCUCGUUUUAGGACUGUGCGCGGUGGAACGAGCUGGGUUAGAAAAAGUUAUGCAUAAGACCCUGUGAGAUGCAAAACCCUGUGAGAUGCAAAACCUCAAGAAGAGGACAGGGAAAAUGUAUCAGUAUUGUAGUGAGAAUUCUUUUUCGGCCACUCUUGGGACCAUGCCUAGGGUCAUGUCUAGAGCAUGCAACUCUUGCCGAGAACGAAAUAGCGGAAGAUAAUCAUGCCUACACAAAGUACCACCCAAACCAACAAUUGCGAGAACAGUCGUCCAUAUCUCACAUCAAACUGUAAUCUUAAACGGGUAUUCAAGAUACAUUUUGCUUACAAACGUUAUUAUUUUCCUUCUUUUCUCUUCAGGGUCUUAAAAGCCUGGCGCUUGAUCGAGUGUUGGACAUCCACAAACUGUUUACUGCUGGUACAAACAAACGUAAGUGACAUGAAACACGAUGGGGGUUAUCAGACAUAGAUGCGUGUAUGGCGGACGUACUUAACUAGUUUUAAAGUAGAGUCUAGUAUAAAAAAUACCAAAUGCACUUGAGUGUUGUCGGCUAAAAGAUGAUAGGACCUAUAAAUGAGGGUUAUAGGACUGUUUGUGUAAUUCUGCAUAUGUGUGGGCUCUGAUUGGUCAAGAGGCCAUUUCCGAAUUACCUUUUGCCUCAUUUUCAAAACGAGACCUGGUGCUCGACCAUUCGUACGAAAAUGAGAUUAAUUUGCAUGUGAAUGAAAAAUUAUAAUGAAAGGAAAGGAUGAGCACCAGGACUCGCUUUGAAAAUGAGGCCAAAGGUAAUUCGGAGAUGGCCUAUUAUCGGGUCUUCUUACUGAAAUCAUCCCGGGCGAGUUAAAUGCAACAAAUAAUCAGUUUCAAAAUGAUUCCAUUUCUCGAAUUUCUAGGAAAAAGAAGCGAAAAACAAACGAAAUAAGAUGCAGUUGCUCUGAUAACCACUCAUGUAAUGAUACUGAAAACCAAAGUUAUUCUUUUAUUCGCUUCAACUUUUACGCUAAGAUUGACCGUCAUAUCAUGUCGCCUGCAACAAAAACCUGUGAUGAUGUCAUCUAAUCAACGCUACUCGAAUGUGUAGAACUGGUAUUUUCUCCAGAAGUAAAACAGGGUUUCGUUUAAUUUUGGGCAUGACUGCACUUUUGAAACAGUUCGCAGAUCGAUGAAAAUUUAUUUAAAGAAUGACGUAGCUUGGAGCAUAAAUUGUUUCUUUUUCUUGUAGCUCACUUAAAAAUCAAGGACGCUUUUAUCAAGAAAUUCCGUUCAUUUUCUGAAUUGAAGAAGUAUGCGAAAUCUGCUCCUGACCCGAAACUGCUGAGCAAGAUUAAGGUUUGUAUCUCACCUUAUUUUAUGAACAGUUAGUCGAAAUAUUACAGGAUUCUCAACUUAGUCAGACAGUAAGAUACGUUAUGUCACGUGAAACCACAGAAACUUUUGACUCGUACACUUUUUGACCGCGUCAUUGGUUUUGCUCACCACCUUCUGUGAUUGGUCCAGUAAACGCGCGCCUCUCCUAACCAAUCAGAUACAGAACUAAAAUUAAUUGCAACUUAUUCACUUACAUUUUUCCAGCAUCUCAGCCAAUGUGCUUUCACUGUUGCUAAAUAAAUCAGACAGUUUACUCAAAUCUGAAGCAGCUACACUAUAGUUUCACUUGUUGUUUCAGAUCGUUGAGGCACAUCAUGUUAUGCUGCCGCAAAAAAUAGACAAGAUAACUUCCAAAGCCGUCACAAAGUUACGGCAGGCGGGUAAGAAAGUUAAGAAAUAAUUGUGAAGCUCCAUAAUUGAUUUUCCCUAUUAACUGGAAAAAGAAAUUUUGUGAUGUUUUCUAAACCAAACGGAACAAUAUAUAAAAAUAUUAAUAAAACCAUAGUUAACCAACAGGCAAACAAACAAAAACUGUUUGUACCCAGGGACGUAUCCACGAUUUCUAAGAGACUAGCAAAGUGUGGUCUGUAAAGGCAAGGCUAUUCAGAAGGAAAGAAAAACAAGUACAAACGCGAAAGCAAAGAAAACCAGCGAAAAACUUUCGCGAGUUUUAAUCGACUGCUUCAUGUUACAUAUAUGUGACGAUGAAAUUAUAAAGUGUCUGCAAGCUGGAGAAGAUUUCAAUGGAGUUUCGAAAAUAAUCUGAUUGCCCUAAGGUGUCACUGUUCCUUUCGCCACUCUGCUAAUUCGUCCGCUGGCACAGUUUUCCAAAUUUGGUCACGCAAGUUGCUUUUAUUUAAUGAAGCCUUAGAAUCCUUUGAUGUGUUUAUCAUUUCUGCCUUUGAUUAUCUUUGUUUUUGUUUUCUUCCCCGCAGAUAUUGUUUUCUCCACAGCACACAAAGCCAAAGGGCUUGAAUUCGACACAGUUCGUGUCACAGAUGAUUUUCUACCUGGAAUAGAGAUGGGUGUUCCAUUAUGUAAGUAAAACAUUAUUUUUACAAGCGGGUGAAAUCAGGUGUGAAUCCUCCAUCCCGGUGGGGAUUUACACCACAGUCAGCUCUUUUUUUUUCCACUCAGAUAGUCUAACAUCCCAACUACAGAAAACACUGACCUUGUUUCUAAAACUUCACUCUUCGACUUCAACCACUAACUAACUCGCACCGCAGGCAAACAGCAUAAUGGUUAUCGAGAAAAUUUAUGUACUAGUUAUCUAUGCCUCUGUUGUACAGCAUUUCAGUCUGAUGUUUAUUUACCCAUCCUUUCCGCCAAAAACAGGUAAAGGAAUGAUAUUGGCCGGGUUUUCCGUACUUGACUUAAGGGUCAAUCUUGGAAAAUGGCCGAUUCAGAUUUUUUCGGUAUGGUGUGGUUCAUGGCCUAGUUGUACAAAAGGCAGAUAACGCUGUCCAACGGAUAAAUUGCUAUCCGAUGGAUAAGGGAUAGCAAUUUGUAUGGUGUUAUCCACCGGAUGGAGAUUUAUCCAGUGGAUAACGCUAUCCAACCUUCGAACAACUGGGGCAGGAGUAUUGUCACUCCUCCUUUCGCAUACUGUUGUCCAGCAGUGCAUUAGUUACCUCUGACUCUAUGCCGGCGUCCAUUGAUGCUUCUGAGUAGCGAAAGACAUUGUGACACUCAAAUGCCCAAGAGCAGCGCAAAAUAAUCUCGGGCGUGGACUAAACCUAGAAUCUGGGACCCAGAAUUCAGCUUGUUAAUCAGUUCUCCCCUCUACCUGUCGCACAUUUCCUUGUAAAUUAGUUACGAGAAUUUGAUGUUAGAUCAAGAUAACAACUUCUAUCUGAUUAGUCUGAGUAUUCUCAUUACCUUUUUUCUGGAUAAUGUAUGGGUAUUAUAGGAAGAAGUUACGAGCUAAUCACUUCUGGGAGUUAAAGGGUCAAACACUAGGCAAUCAGAAUUCCCUUUCGAUUCAAGUUGCCUGUGUAAUAUGUUUAGAUGCCUAUGGUGAAGAUGAAAGAAACUUGAUGUAUGUCGCGGUGAGUCGAGCAAAGAAGUGCCUCCAACUCAAUAAUACAAUUCUCAACAUUCUUGGGUACAGAAAGGUAAGCCACACGGCGUAACAUGAGCUGAAGCUUGCCCUGUAUUGUUGUAUGUUUCUUGUUGUUUAGUUCUGCACCUUGACUUCACUUGUUUCGCAUCAGUUACGAGUGAAUGUUCUUGAACCUUCUAAUUAGUUUAUGUUUUUGUCACUUUCAGGAACAUUUCGUGAAGGUGGUAUCACCGAAGGAGUUGUCUCAGGUAUCAGUCGCUCUGACAAAGGGCUAACGCUCGAAACACUAGCUUUAAAAACUCUUUACGAUGACCUAUUUACAUUAUCAACUCAGUUGAUAAUACCAAAUUAUCUUUUUCAUUUGCAGCCGGCCUUCUGUUUAGACUGUGAGGAAGAUGUCGAGUUUUGUCCGCGGCCUCACGUUGCGAUUCAGAAAGAAAGUGUUGUACUGGUAAGCUGGAAAACUUAGCAACUUUUUUUUUUGGUGAUAGAUUGUCUAAUUGUGCGCGAUUUAGUACAUAAUUCUUAAAUGUGUACUCGUGUCCAUGAGAAAAGGGCGUUGGUCAGCACAUCGCGUGCGUGCAGUGCGCUUUUGGUGUGAAUGUGAGUGAGUAUUGUGCAGGUUUGUUCGUUUGCAACGUGAAGGAUGGUAUUGACAACCUUAUCUUCUUUUUGUUAACUGUCUGAUAUUUAGCUUUUUCUUGUUGUAGUUUUUGUUUCAUUGUGUUUGCUUUUGUUGUUGUUUUUGUUGUUGUUUGUUUUUUUUCUGUGCUAGAACCGUAAUGACUGGCACCCUGUAGUUAUCUGAGCAACCACGCACCUACCCUCCCCAAAACCCAACAUUAUCCAUUAAUCAUGUCUUGUUAUCAGUUAACUGUUGUAGGGGGAGGGCUAGGUGCGCGGUUACCCAGAUACUGACAUUGAUCCAACACUUUCGUGGACAAAUUUUUCCUUGAUUAGUCUUCCUUUUCUUCUCAGUAAACAAAUCUGACAAGUCUCUUCUUUAUAAAUUUACGUGUCCAAAUAGAGGGGGACGGGAAAGGGUUGGGUAGAAUUCAGAAGAACCGCAGCGAAGGAGAUUAGUGUACUUGUCCAGGCUGCCAUACCUCCGAGCUAGUGUACGUGCGGCUAUAAAACCUUUUUCGUCUUAACUUUGCCGAGGUUUUCUUUCUUUCUCUAGGGUGGAAACGUGAGAAAGGCUGGAGGCGUUCUUUGUCCUACGUGCGCUGCUGAUACAAUACCACAUUUAGGAUGUCUAGUUUCAGUAAACGAAGAAAGUUGAGCUCUUUAUUUUCAAGGGCAGAAUGUUAAUUGAAAUGAUGUAUGAAAGAGCAUAUAGAAUUAGAUGUAUCAAAAUUUGUACUUAUUUUAAGAUAGUUAUAAUGAUAUUAAUGCAUAUGAUAAUAACGGUAAUAAUUAGUAGUUAGAGGAUUAGUUUGAGCAUGAUAUCAAGAGUUACCAAAACUGACGCUGAGGCUGAUAAGACAGAUACGAGGUUUGAUAAUUCAUGAUAUCAUGUGAAAACCAAGUUCUAGAAUUGUUUCAUUAAACAUUUUGUAAACAAUCUGCAAAAGAAGACACUUUCCUUGAGUUUGCAAAAGUUUAGGAACACAGCAAGGACGAAGGACUUGUAAAACAAGGCAGACUUUGAACUCGACAUGAUAAAUGCCUUAUCCGCUGCAGAUAUUGUAUUUAUCAUCAUUGUCAUCUUCACACGCUAUUGUGUCUUUAUGGUAUGCUCUCGAUCAGUCAGAUUUUUCAUAAUAAGUCUAAUAUAUGAUGAUAGCUUUAUUGUUCUUAUUGGCCUUUUUAAUCGUUUCUUUGUUAAAAAGGCUGGUAGCCGCAAAAUUUACAUUCGUUCAAUACAGUAGAAUUGAUUUAUCAGCAUACAUUCUCGAACAAGCUUCACGUUGCCUUUCCUUAAUGUAGAGCACACGUGAUUGUUAAGGAAAGAAUAGAAGAAAAGUGAAUCUCUGUGAUACGACAGAUAAAUUAGACAAUGCUGAAUCAGUAAUUUUCUCAAAGUGCAUCUGUAGUGUAUUGCGUUACCUAAGCGUUACUAUAGUCACGCUAUAUCCUGUAAGACACGAUCGGUACAUGAUUGUAAAAGUACAUUCCUAUGUAAAAGUAGUAUUACUGAUUCCUAGUAUUGUAUUGUGAAUAUAGC